AUGUCGAAUGGCCCACUACCGUCAGAAAGGUGUUUGCUCUCGGAGCUUCCCGCUCGCCAAGUGGGCGACAAACAUUCCUUUCCAUCAUCUUCGGGCAGCAAUACGGCUCUGGUAGAUGUCAAGCUACUUUUACACGGUCUGAGAAACGGUCAGACCGAUGUUGGCCAGUGGGUUCACGUCAUAGGUUAUAUCACGUCAAUGGUAAAAGCUAUAUCCAUCCAUACAAAACCAACUGUGCCGAAAACGAGUGUCCAGGCACUAGUCGUAUGGUCGGCCGAAGACUUUGACAUUGCAACUUACGAGAAGUCGUUCUAA